AGGUCACGAGGCCAAGGUCGGCUUCGCGUAGGCUGCGCCUCUGUCAGCAUGUUUCCGCGGCCUCGCGGGCUCCCUCCCUCCGGCAGGCGUCGCUGGCCAUUGAUGGGGCGAGGGGAAGGAAGCGGAUCUGCGAUCCCGCCCGGAGGAUCGGCACCCCUGGGCCGCCUUCCUCCCGUGCCCGCCUGCGCUCGCGCCGCCGCGGCUUCUGGAGGGUCUCGCGCCACCUGCCGGCGCCCAGGGAUGAACCGGGCCCUCGCUAUGGAAGGCAAGGAUCUGGGUGGCCGCGAUUGAGGGCUCGGGCGCAGCUGGGAGGGAAUCCCCGGCGGGCGAGAGCGCCAGCGCCAGGCCAAGGCGUGGGGUGCGCGGAGAGGUCCGAGAUCACGGCGACGGCAUCCGGAGUCGCGGGCGGGGCGCUGCCGGGGAGUCCGGGAACCCUGGAGGGGCCGGGGAGUGGGCGGAGGUGCCGCAGGAGGCGCCCGGGGCUUGGCCGGGCUGGUCUGGUCGGGCGCGCGGUGGAGGGGAGGGACGGGGCUGCGCCGGGCUGGGCCGCCGGGUCCGCUUCCCUCGCCCUGGACACUCGCCGGGCGGCGAGUGGUGGGGAAGAGAGCGAGACCUGCGGGCCUUUAGAUCCUGGGACCGCCCUUUCCCGCUCCAGGUCGGGCGGCGAGCAGCAACGAAGGCUGGACCCUCAGUGGCAGCAUGAGAGCGGGCGCCGCCGCUCCGGGCUUGCGGCCGCGCGGCGGGCGGCGGCGUCUCUGCCGGCGCUCGCCAUGGGAGCGCGGUGGGGCCGGCGGCACACUCGGCGUGGAGGCCUGAGUCUGUCCGAGACACAGUUGGUGCUGAUGGCCGCCAGCCUGGUGUGCAGUGCCGUGGUCGUCUAUGUUUGCUGGAAGCAGCUGCCGCCGCUGCCCUGGGCCUCCUCCGUCCCGCCGCGGCGGGUGAGCGUGCUGCUGUGGUGGGAGCCCUUCGGCGGCCGGCACAGAGCCAAAAGGCCGCCCCCCGAUUGCAGGCUGCGCUUCAACAUCAGCGGCUGCAGCCUGCUCACUGAUCGCGCGGCCUACGGGGAGGCCCAGGCGGUGCUUUUCCACCACCGAGACCUGGUGAAGGGACCCCCGGACUGGCCCCCGCCCUGGGGCGUCCACGUUCGCCCGGCGGAGGAACAGCAGGUGCUGAUGGACGACGAGGAGGAAGCCGCGGAGGCCUUAGCCCUGGCUGCCUCGGGCCCCAGGCCCCCGGGCCAGCGCUGGGUGUGGAUGAACUUCGAGUCGCCCACCCACUCCCCGGGGCUGCAGAGCCUGGCAGGUAACCUCUUCAACUGGACGCUCUCCUACCGGGCCGACUCGGACAUCUUCGUGCCUUAUGGCUACCUCUACCCCAGGACCCAUCCCAGCGAGCAACCGCCGGGUCUGGUCCCGCCGCUGGCCCGGAAACAAGGGCUGGUGGCCUGGGUGGUGAGCAACUGGGACGAGCGCCAGGCGCGGGUCCGCUACUACCGCCAGCUGAGCCAGUACGUGACCGUGGACCUCUUUGGCAAGGGUGGGCCCGGGCAGCCGCUGCCUGACGUCGGGCUCCUGCACACGGUGGCCCGCUACAAGUUCUACCUGGCCUUCGAAAACUCGCAGCACCUAGAUUAUAUCACGGAGAAGCUGUGGCGGAACGCCUUCCUGGCUGGGGCGGUGCCAGUGGUGCUGGGCCCAGACCGUGCCAAUUACGAGCGCUUCGUGCCCCGCCGUGCCUUCAUCCACGUGGACGACUUCCCUGAUGCCUCCUCCCUGGCGGCCCACCUGCAAUUCCUCGAUCGAAACCCAGCUGCCUACCGCGGAUACUUUAGCUGGCGUCGGAGCUAUGCCGUGCACGUCACCUCCUUCUGGGACGAGCCUUGGUGCCGCGCCUGCCAGGCUGUACAGAUGGCGGGGGACCAGCCCAAGAGCGUCCCUAACUUGUCUGGCUGGUUUCAGCGGUGAAGCCACCCUCCGCUGGCUGUAACCCCGGGAGGCCAAGUCGUCGGCUUUUGGAUCCGCUGGAUCCCCUGCUGUGCAUCUCCUUAACUGCUGAAUCACGGGACUGUAUUUUCCAAACAGCCAUUUUUAAUCUAUUCCCAUAGAUUAAAGUUGAUUUACCAAGUAAUAUUAUUCAGCACAAAGACUGGGUGGGAAGGGUCUUGGGUGCUUAUGGUUUUUGGACAACUAGCAGUUGGGCUUCUUCUGCUGUCCAAGCGCAUCUGAGCUCCGGGAUGAAGGCGGGGGCCCUUCCUCCCCUUGUAACCAGUGCAGAGGUGAAGAAACAGCUUACCUACAAGGAACAAUUGUCAGUGGCUCUGAAUUUCCUUAUCUGCCACCGGCCGUAUUUGUGGCCUGUGCUGAGUCCAAAUCUCACACAGUGCUCCUCCACUCACGUGAGUGGGCCAAAUGCGUCAAACCCCUGGUUUCAGAAAGAGUCUUGUUGCAGGAUAGUGAAAGGACUGUGGCCACAGGUGGGUCUUUCUCUUUGUGCCUGGAUUUCUCAAAGCGUCGUCUCCUAAGAAAGGUGAGGAGCCUGGUCCAAGAAUCCACUGACUUCCUUAACAAGUGCUGUUGUUUGUUCCCUUGCUUUAUGAAUGGAAACAAGAUGCUGGAUUGUCCUUGGAGAAGAGUUAGGAUGAAUAUUUGGUGUACCUCACUUUACACAAAUGUAUUCUUGAAAAGCCGCUUUUAAAUCAAAUUCACUGUUUUAGAAGAGCGCGAUAUUUAAUGGAACCCUAUGGAGAAUCCCUUUAUAAUGUGAAUAAUCAUCUCCUAACUGAUUUUUUCUGUGUCUAUGUUUUUCUAUAACCUGGAUCUUUUAAAAAGCAUAUUAAAAUUACAGAUGUGAAAAUAAAGCAGAAGCAACCUUCUUCUCCCUUCCUCCCAGAAAACCAGCCUGUGUUUACAAACAGAAGAGAAGGAAGCCACAGUGUCACUUUCCACAAAAUUAUUUAUUUUGUGUCUUUACUGGAGCUGAAAUUUAAAACUGGAAAGUCAGUCCUCCAUGGGGUCCUGGCAUUACCUGUCUGCAGAACAAUGAAAGGGAUUGCACUGUAUUACGGAAUCAUGCAAAAGGAAAAAAGUUUCCUGGUAUCUGUUAAUGGCAGUUUUUGAUUCUGUCAGUUUUAAGUUAAAUGUUUAGUUGCUAGGGAAUAGAACUAAAUCAGUGCCUGCAGUAAAAACUUAUCUUUUGUUACAGAAAUCUGCAAUUCUCCCUGGGGCCACAGGUUCCCCUCGUCUGCCCAGUAGUACAGUGGGUACAUCCUCAUAUUUCUAAUGCCCUUGAGACUUGCUGUGGGACCAACUUUGAAAAUAUAUGCAUUGACUUUAAAAGUUGUUGAAUGAACAGCAUAUUGGGUGUCACCAUGUACCUGCACCACGUGAAACACUGAGCUUGGGAAAAACAAAAAUGUGUAAGGCUAGGUUCCUGUCUUUAAGGCUGUUACAAUCAAUCACCAUCAAAAAGUAAAUAGUGGACUUUGAUAAAUCAAUUGGCAG